AUGGAAUCGAUAGAACAGACUUCAUCACAUCCCAAACGAAAAAUAGGUAGUAAUGAUGAUCGUGAACAUUUUUAUUCAUUUGAUAUAGAAGAUGAUCAAACAACAAAAUCAUUUUGUUGUCGUUCACCAACAUCAACAAUCAAUUUAAAUAAUAAUAAUAAUAAUAAUAACAAUAAUUCAUUAACAAAUUAUCAACAAACAACGAAAAUUAUUCAAGAAUUUAAUAUUCAACAAUCAACAGCAAGUGAUAUAACAGUUAGUUCAACAAUAAAUAUAAAAUCAACACCAAAACAACAACAACCGACAAAAAUUUCUAAUACUGAUUUAUUAAGUGAAGCUGAUUUUCAACGUGUCGUACAAGAUAUAACACCAGCAGAUCGAGAUUUAUUUGAUGAAUUCCUUAAUGGAAUAAAACAAAAAACUGAUGAUUAUUUAUUUUUAUCAUCAUUUGACGAUCUACCUUCAUCAUCAACAUCAUCGUCUCAUGAACAAGAUUCAAUCGCACGACGACAUUCAUCAUUAUCUGUACCAUCACAAACAUCUUCAAUAUCAUCACCAGAUCGACGUAGAAAUUCAAUGCCACGUGGUUCAAGUACAAUUCAUUAUAGUCCACAUUCAAUGCCAAUAUCAAAUCGACCACCAACCGCAGCUGCACAAACACUAAAACAAAUGGCUGUUCAACAUCAACAAAGAAUUAUGUAUAAUCAACAACAACAACAACAACAACAGCAACAACAAACAAAUUCCUCCUCAUCCACACCAUCAUAUUCAAAUUUUCCAUAUAAUAAUUCAACGAGACAAUAUUAUCAACAAUCACAAAUACCUUCAGAAUGUGAUACUUCUAUAGAUCCCCCUAUGUGUUAUCCACCUGUUCAACAAACAACUGUAUCUGGUUAUAAUCAUCAUUCCCAACAACGCUCAAAUAUUUAUGGUAUACAAAAUUAUUCUUAUCAAACUUCAUCAUCAUUCUAUCAACAACAACAACAGCAACAACAGCAGCAGCAGCAACAACAACAAAUACCUACAUCUUCUCAUUCAAUUACGAAUUAUUCACCGUCAAACGGUCUUCCAUCAACUACUACUAUUCUUCCUUUUUAUUCUCAAGAAGAUAAUCUUCCUACUCUUGAUUUGUAA